AUGAGACCGUUUCUGUCUUGUAUUGAUUAUGGCCUGCCAAAGUUGGCGGAUUGUGUCUGGGUUGUCGUACGCGCGGGUUUCGUUGUAGAAGCAAGUCCGUUAGGAGCAAUGCAGUUCCGUUGUGAAUCUGUAGGCUUUCGUCAGCUACAGAGGAAACAAUCUGUUAAGCUGUGGACAAGGAAUGCAAUGGAGAUGCGACACUGCGUUUCUGUCCGUGUGCGUCUAGAGUGUUGCAAUUGGGUGUCUUUUGAUGUGGCAUGCUUUCUGCAAGUGCUAUCCGAGUUGAGGAUAUUUGCGAGGGAGGUAAGAGGAGUGCAGCAUUGGGUUGGUGAUGCGAAAUUACCUCUGAGGCUAACGCGUUGCAUAUCGGGCAUGUUGGUUGUAGGAGGAUUGUUGGCUGCAAAGGAGCGCGUGCGUUAG